AUGCUGUUGCCCUCUUGCCCCAUUAUCAGUUUGUUAAAGGUGAAGCUCAUCAAGACCGAGAUGGAGAAUCAGUGGUCAGUGGGAUAUGUUGAAGAGGAGAUCCAGCCGGUUCCCUCUGAGCCUGCAGCUCGAGCCGGGUGGAACAGAAAGAUAGAGUAUAUUCUGGCUCAGGUGGGGUUAUGCGUCGGGUUCGGCAACAUCUGGAGGUUUCCAUAUCUGUGCCAUCAAAAUGGAGGAGGGUCUUUCCUCCUCCUCUAUGUGCUACUCCUGCUGACUGUGGGGAUCCCCCUGUUCUUCCUGGAGCUGGCCACCGGGCAGGCCAUCCGACAGGGCGGCAUCGGGGUGUGGAAGUUCAUCUCCCCCCGGCUGGCAGGGAUCGGAUACUCCAGCUGUGUGGUGUGUUUCUUCGUGGCUCUCUACUACAAUGUGAUCCUUGCAUGGAGCCUGUUCUACCUCGGGAACUCCUUCCAGUCGUCUCUUCCUUGGGAACACUGUCCAGUAGAGGGGAAUGUGACAGUACCAGAAUGUAAAAAGAGCUCCCCCACAUCGUACUUCUGGUACCGUAAAGCUCUGGAUAUCACCGACUCCAUCGAUGAGACGGGCUCUUUCAACCCGUACAUCGUCGGCUGUCUGCUGGCCGCCUGGACCCUUGUGUGCCUGGGAAUGUUCAAGGGUAUCAAGACCUCUGUCAAGGUGAUGUAUUUCUCCUCCAUCUUCCCCUACGUGGUGCUGUUCUGCUUCCUGGUUCGAGGCCUCAUGCUGGACGGGGCUUUAGAGGGAAUCGUCUUCAUGUUCUACCCAAAGCUGGAGAUCUGGGCCGACGUGCAGGUGUGGCGACAGGCAGCCACUCAGGUGUUCAUUACAUUUGGUAUCGGCCUUGGGUCGAACAUCGCUUACUCCUCCUAUAAUCCCAAAAAUAAUAAUUGCCAUCGUGAUGCCUUCACUGUCUCCGCGAUUAACCUCCUCACCUCUGUGCUGGCCACUCUGGUGGUGUUCGCUGUGCUCGGUUUCCACGCCAAAAACAAGGCCGUGGCAUGUGUGGUCAGUAAUAUUAAGCAGUUAUCGGAGCAGUUUGCGGAGCAGUUAUCGGAGCAGUUUCUCAGCGGUCCUGUGGAUAUAAACUUGAUGCCAAGCUUCAACUAUUCUGAUCCCAGUGCUGUGGCUCUAGAGGACUACAGGGCCUGGUUCAAACUGCAUGGAAAUCAGUUCCCAGGCAAUCUAACAGACUGUGACCUGGAAAAAGAGAUGCAGCAGGGUGUGGAAGGAACAGGCAUGGCUUUCAUCGCCUUCACAGAGGCCAUCUCUCUCCUGCCUGGCAGCCCCUUCUGGUCAGCGCUCUUCUUCCUCAUGCUGCUCAACUUAGGGCUCGGCAGCAUGUUUGGCAUAAUGGAGGGAAUCCUCACCCCGCUCACUGACCGCUUUGAAACACUGGCUCAGAACAAGAUCAAGUUCAGAGUUGUCAGCUGCAUCAUCGGCUUUGUAAUCGGCCUCCUCUUCACACAGCGCUGUGGAAACUACUUUGUGAUGAUGUUCGAUGAUUACUCUGCCUCUCUGCCACUCAUCAUUGUUGUGGUUUUUGAGACCUUCAGUGUGUCCUGGCUGUAUGGAGCUGAUAGGUUCCUGGAUGACAUUGAGGGGAUGCUGGGCUGGCGUCCUCAUGUGAUCUACAAGUACCUGUGGAAAUACGUCUGCCUGCUCGCUAUGCUGGGGCUGCUGGGCGCCACCACCAUCCACAUGUUCAUCCAACGCCCCACCUAUAUGGCAUGGAACCAAGAGAAGGGAUCUGAGGAGUACCUCGAGUACCCGGACUGGGCUCUGGCUGUCAUGGCCUUGCUGAUCAUAUUUGCUGUGAUGCCCGUCCCGAUUGCUUUGAUUCACUCUGUCCUGGACAAGACAAAAGCCAGAGAUUCAGAGGCCUGUCAGUAUAGCAUUGUUAGCACCAGCUACAAUUGUGGAAGUCUGAUGACUGACAUGUCAUACCUGGACCAAAAAAAAAAGACUGCUGCUUCUGUUUCCUCAACACUGGACAUGAAGUUACACAAAUGAAUUGCAGAGAAAAGUACAACGUUCAGUGGACCAUUUUGAAGUACAUUUGAAUAAGCUCACAGGUUCUUAUUCCCACAAUAUUUGAUUAAAUAACAUAAAAUACAGCCUUUUAUAUUUAUCUAUAUCACAGCACAGAGUGACUGAAUUCACUCACAAGUGAAUGAAUAAAUAAGUAUUUAAAAAAAAAAAGGUAAAAAUAAUUCAAACAUGCUUCAUCUAUUUAACAAAUUGUAAUCUAGUAUGCAGUGGAAUAUAUUACAUGCUAAAGAGUUUAUACAAGCUUGGAAACUGCAUUGUUACUGCAGUUAGU